ACCGAGAUGGACGAGAUGCAUGCCACUUGGAGUUGUUAAACGGAGCAACCAAGACCCUUAGGCGCCUCAGCGUCCAAGAUCCUCGACUUGCUCGCAACGAUGGAGCCGGCCCCAGCCAAGCGACGUAAACUCGGCCACGGCCCGGAGGGUGCUGAGGCUGCCCUGGAGUCGGCGGCGUCGACGGGUAUCUCCAGAUCGCGGGCAUUCGUGCUCGAGGCCGAAGAGCUGCUCGACUCUGUUCGCCUAGACCAUGCGACUGCUCUCGACGGCGCCGACGCCCUGCUGCACCGCAUAAAAGAGGCGAUCGAGGCAAUCAAACCCCACGAGCCCCGUCCGAUUGCUGAGGCCGCAGCGAAACUGGAGAAGAAACACAAAAUCAAGGUCCCCUUCCCCGACCCGCCGCCACCCGAGAACUCCAACUACAAGGUUGCUUUCGAGAAGCCUGCGCAAUUCAACGUCGUUGGCAGCUAUGUCUCGAAGACGAUGGUCAGGACUCAGAAGGACCACGCUAUCGAUAUGGUCGUCGUCCUUCCCGAAGGCAUCCUGCAGGAGAAGGACUAUCUUGAUCUGCGCUACUUCUACAAGAGGGCUUACUACCUGGCGGUCGUUGCAUCUGCCCUGCGCAAGGUGUUCGACAGCGAGAGCACGCUCUCCUUCGAGCGUCUGAACGGCAACCCCCUCUGCCCCGUCCUCGCUUUCCGGCCGAAGGCUUCCAAAGACAAGGAUUCAGAAAAUCCCGAAGACAAGAGGGUGUUGGACUACAGAAUACGAAUCAUCCCGUGCGCACCAGAUGGCUUCUUCCCGAAGAACAAGCUCCACUUGGGAGCGCCGCUGGUUCGCAAGAGCCAGGCUGAGCAUUCCGACACGCCGCCUCACCCUACACCGUUCUACAACUCGACCCUUGUCGCUGAGAGCUGCUUCCUCCCUUACCUCAAGGUUUUGCGGAAGGCCGAGAAGAAGUGUGCAGCGUUCAAGAAUGCCUGCAUGCUGGGGCGUAUCUGGCUGCAGCAGAGAGGUUUUGGAGGGGACAUCUCGCAAGGCGGAUUCGGACAUUUUGAGUGGGCGGUGCUUCUAGCCCUGCUCCUCCAGGGAGGCGAGAGCAAGGGGCACGCUGCGCUGUCUGCCUCACUCAGCAGCACCCAGCUGUUCAAGGCGCUCAUCCAGUUCUUGUCGGUGACCAAUUUCGCCGAGGAGCCGUGUGUCUUCGGACCAGGGAACGGACCAGGGAAAUCAGAGUUGGCGUCGCAUCUCGAAUCGGGCCCUAUCCUCUAUGAUUCUGCUCAACAGUUAAAUAUUGCCUUCAAGAUGGGGCCCUGGUCCGCCGCCUUGCUUCACCAACACGCGAAAUGGACGCGGAGCCUCCUGGCUGACAGCGCGGCCGACCAGUUCAACCCAACCUUCAUUCUCAAGUCCGAUUUCCCGUCAGUUAGCUUCGACUUGUUUGCCCGCUUGAAGUUCGACAGGGCGUCGGUCGAGGCAGGCGCAGAUUUCCGGGGGCCGGCAUGGCGGCUUGGCAGCGAGGUCUACCGGAUCCUGAAGAGAGCCCUGGCGGACAAGGAGAUGGGGGAGAGGGCUCGCUUGAUUCACCUCCAAGCCCCGGCUUGCCCUCCCUGGCCACUUGCCGAGGCCCCGGAUACACAAGGGACAUCGCCCUUAGAGAUUGGUGUCCUUUUCGACCCCGCAAACAUGGCGCGGACUGUCGACCGCGGCCCAUCUGCUGGGCCGAGCGCUCAGGAAAAGGAGAAAUGUGAGGAGUUCCGCAGAUUUUGGGGUGACAAGGCGGAGCUCAGACGAUUCGAGCGUGACACGAUCCGAGAAACGCUGAUCUGGACUUCCACGACGCCCUUUGAUCUGUGCGAGGAGAUCGUGCGAUAUGUCAUCAGACGUCACCUGCGGAUCGGGCAUCUCCACGACGAGAUCACCGUCUAUGGCAACAGUCUUCCUGACCUACUGUCCCUCAAGCCCGCCGAUACCGCCUUGUUCAAUGUCGCGAAGAAGGCAUUUGGCGCUUUCGAGCGCGAUGUCCGGGAUCUGGAUGACUUACCGCUGCGUGUCAGGCAAAUCGCGCCCAUCUGCCCCGAGCUGCGGUAUGCUUCGGUCAAGCCUCCUACAUUUGGGUCGGAGAAGUCCGGACCGCGACCGCUUGAGUGCGUCAUAUCGUUCGAAGCAUCAGGAAAGUGGCCCGAAAGCCUCGUCGCCAUCCAGCGGACAAAGAUCGCUUUUCUCUCCAUGAUCGGCAGUCUGCUGGAGUCGAGCAAGCCUGGCGAAGCCAAGACUCACAUCGGUCUUGAGAAUUCCAAGUUCGAAACCGAAAAUCUUGCCUUCCUUGAUGUUGUCUACGAGUCUGGCACUUCAUUCCGCCUGCGUAUCCAGAGCGAUCUCGAGGAGUCGCUCUUGGAACGCCAAGUCAAGGACAAGACUUUGGAGCAGUAUCUGCGCCAGCGCGCCACGACCCAGCUCGCAACCUUCAGACGACUAUUCACCAACCUGCCUUUACACAACCAGUACAUUUCCACCUGCGCCACUCGUUUCCCCGCCUUGUCCCCGACGAUCCGCCUGGUGAAGCACUGGUUCAACGCUCACAAGCUCUCCUGCCACUUUACCGAAGAGUUUAUCGAGCUUGCCGUACUCCACGUCUUCCUCUCCCCCUAUCCUUGGGACGCGCCCUCGAGCGCCAGCACCGGCUUCAUGCGGACGCUGCUGUUCCUCUCCCGCUGGGACUGGCGCUCCGAGCCCCUCAUCGUCGACACGGGCGGCGACAUGCCGGCUGCGGACCGCGCAUCCGUCGGCACACGACUGGAAGCGUGGCGCAAGAUCGACCCCAACAUGAACCACACCGUCCUCUUCGUCGCCACCGCGCAGGAACCCAGCGGCGUGGCCUGGACCACGCUUAGGGGCGAGCCGAAGCCCUGCAAGGUCGCCGCCGCGCGGAUGACGUCCCUGGCCAAGAGCGCGUCGCGCUUGAUCCGGGAGCAGGGCGUCGAGCUGGACUGCAGGCGGCUGUUCGUGCCGUCGCUGAAGGACUACGACGUGCUGAUCCGCCUGAACAGCAAGGCGGUGAAGAGCACGCUGAAGACGUUCGCCACGGCCGACCCGGACGAGGCGGAGAGCACGACACAGGCCAAGUUCAAGAACCUGGACGAGCGGACCGGCCUGGCGCCGCUGCCGCUGGCGCAGCAUCCCGCCGAUCUGUUCCUGGAGCACCUGAGCGCGGCGUACGGCGGGCCGCUGGUCUUCUUCCGCGGUGCCGUGGACGACCACACGAUCGGGGCGAUCUGGAACCCCCAGAUGCAGAGACGGAGUUUUAGGAUCAACCUGCCCACGUCGUACAAGCCGGCGGCGGAGAAGAAGCGAGCCGAGGAUGGCGAGGAGCAGGAGUCGGACGACGAGGCGGAUGUGGUGGAGGUAAACAGGGAGGCCAUCCUCGCCGAGAUCGCGAGGAUAGGAGCGGCUCUCGUUGACAAAAUUGAGGUGAAGGGCGCGUAGCUGUCGCAAGCAUAGGCUUGGAAAUAGAAAUGUGACAGGUAUCGGUGUCUGGCACCGCCUUGGAUACACUAGCGGGGGUCGCGA